AUGAUGCUUAGAAUGUUUAUCGGGAUACAAGGGCAUAAUAGCAAGGAAAUUCUAUUAGGAAACAAAAUACGAUCAAAUAAUGUUAUAACAAGAAUAAUUGUAUCUCGACAAGUAAUACGCAUGUUUUCUCGAGCGAAAACGUUAUCAAGUCCUUCUACUCUAGAUGAGCUUCCCAAUAAUAGGUCAUCUGAGAAUGCACUAAUAGAUGACCAAUUGUCGAAAACUAAUACGAAGAAAAGAUACACAUUUAAUCCCAAGAAGAAACAGCCGCUAAUAAGAACUUCACUGAAACCUACUAUUCAUAAUUCUAAAGCAAGAAAAGGACUGCUUCAUCUUUUAUUAGCGCAGAAAGACAAUGGUAAAGUUUUAACUACGAUUCUAGACCACUGUUUAUAUUCACCGAAUGAGCAGGCAACAACUCGUCAAUUGGUGAAGGAAAACAAUCAUUUAACCACUUUAUUGUCUCAUGAAGAAAUGUCUAUUUUUAUAUGUCGAGUAUUGAAAAAUUUUCCAACUAUUAUAUCAGAGAAGAAAUACGAAAUUUUAACAAACGAGGGACGAUAUGAACUCUAUAAACCUGAAGUAAUAUUCUCCCUUUUCAAUAUAUGUAAGGAUGAAUAUUGUAACAAUACGAAUCAAUUGAAUCCAUUGAUGGUAUAUGAUUUGAACCAAUUCAUAAAGUAUUUCCUUAGAGAGGGACAAUUGAAAAAGGCCCAGCUUGUCUUAGAUUAUAUUAUUGAUAGGUUCGGCGGUAUUGAACAAUUGAUUAAGAGUAAAGAUCUAACUACCCUAGACAAUCAUUUGAAAUUGAAAAAUGGUGCAAUAUAUAAGAAUUGGAAACCAUUAACUGAUUCAGAAUCAAAUACAUUCUUACAGUAUCGAUUAAGUUUGGAGGAUAAAUCUCAUAAUUUUAAAGGGUUCAAGAAUUAUAAAUUUUUAGAUGGUUGGUCUUUAUUGAAAAUUAUUGAUAUGGUAUUGACAGAUAAAACUCAUUGCCUUAACAUUUUAAAUGAAAGUAUAUUAUACUCAUUGGGUACUCUGCGUCAAAUUGAAUUCAUGGAACAUUUCAUAAAACAAAUUUGGGAUGUACAUCCUGAUGACGCUGUGGAAGAACGCAACCACCAACUCGAUAAAUACAAUUUACCACCUGAUACCAAUGAAUUAAUUGCUAUACUGACAUCAUAUUGCCAAACGUAUAAAAGUAUGGAUCGAGCAUUUUUAUUAUUAGAUAAACUUAUACAAAAAUAUCCUGAACCCAUGAAAUCACGAUUAAAUGAUAAUAAAUUUUGGAUAAAAAUGUUGCAGUGGGGUAUCAAAAUAGCGGAUAAAAAUGGUAACAAUGUCAAUGGAACUACAAUUGACAAUUGUUUAGAGAUUAUGGAAGAAUGGUUUUUAAAGGGAAAAAAAAAAACUGCAUUAGAACAUUGGAAAAUUGACGACGAUUAUGGAAGUAUUUUGAUUAAUUUAUUGCAUAAUAUUAUGAAAGAAAGGAAGAAUGUCGAUAUAGGAUUAAAAGCUAUUGAGAACUUUGUCCAAAAGCUCAAGUUAGGAUCAGUCAAUAAAUACUAUGAAAGAAAUCUUACUCACGUAUUAUAUGGACUUCAAAAAUGUAUCUUCAGGAAAAUUGCCGAAUCAGGAUCAUAUAAUAAGGGAUUGGCUUUGAUUGAUAAUGGUGCGUAUACUCAAAAUUCAGGAGUUGAAAGCAUGUUACGAGAAUAUUAUAUUACGACCGUUAAGGAAAUACGUUCGAAGCGUUCUAGAAGAAAUAAAGCUCAAUCUAAUAUUCAAGAUCGAGAACAAGAUGAAUUUGAAAAAUUGCAACAAAAGUAUGAUGAGAUAGAAGAAGAAGGUAUGAUAAUAGGAAAGCUUUGGUGA